CUUCUGAACCAAAAAAAUCUGUGAUGACAUUGCGCUCCCCCAGGUUUGGCUGAGUAAAACAAAUUAUUUCAUUGACUCCAAGAGAAUUCUCAAGUCUGGCGUGUUCUAAGUUGCCUUUUCAGAGGUAAAAGAUGGCAAAGAAAGGAAACAAGGAUGAGUUGAAUCUCCCUUUGGAUGAAGUUCCUUCUGAAAAUGAGGAUGAACUUAACUCAUCCAUGACUAGCACUGGCAGUGAGGAGGGUCAGGAUAUCAAAAAGAGACGUACACAAACUCCCAGUCCACGUAGAGCAUCACCAUUUUCAGUACCAGCCUCACCACCUAAAUUCAUCUCAAUGGAGGAACUCAUCAAGGCAACCACUGGAGUAAAGAAUAUGAGUCUUGCACAUGAAAUAGCCGUAGAUGCAAAUUUCAAGAUAGCUCCUGCAGAAAAGGAUCCGAAAAGUUUUGAAAAGCAAGUGGAGAUGAUCAUGCACAAAGCCUUUUGGGACGUAUUCCAGGAAAGUAUCAGUGAAGAUCCUCCAAACUACAGUCAUGCUUUAGUCCUUAUUGGGGAUGUCCAGAAGCAAUUAUUUUCGGUGAUACUGCCUCACCAGGUGCGACUGAAAGCCCAGAUUACUGAGGUAUUGGACUUGGACUUGAUCAAACAGAAGAUGGAGAAUGAUGCAUUUGACCUUUUCUAUUAUGCCAAUUAUGUUAUCAACAUUAUGGCUAAAUUAUGUUCUCCAGAACGAGAUGAAAGAGUGGCACACCUCCGUGAAAUAAAAGAGCCUGUGCCAUUGUUUAAGGAGAUAUUUCAGGUUCUGGACCUGAUGAAGAUGGAUAUGGCAAACUUUACAAUCCAACAGAUCAGACCAUAUCUACAGCAACAAUCAGUGGAGUAUGAACGUACCAAAUUUCUUCAGUUCAUCAAAGCACAGCAGGAAGCGGGUGUAGAUGGUCUUGAGAUGACCAAACUAUGGCUCAAGAGGAGUUUCGAUGCACUGACGGACCAGGCAGACACUGACCAACAAGCCGGUGCUACUCCCAGUUUGACCCCAGCAUCCGUGUUAAAUGAGGCUUACACGGAGCUGCUGAACUGGGACAGACAGAGACUUUACCCAGAGACACUUGUGAUGGAUCAGAGUCGGUUUAUGGACCUCCAGGACAAGACAGGUCGUCUGACCCUGGUGGCCUCAAUAUUACUGGUGACCUACAGUACUGUGGGAGCAGCUAUCUCUGGUGUCCAGGACUUGAAGAAGAAACUGAAAUCUGAGAUCUGUGUGAUUCUAGAGGGUGUGGCAGACAGUGACCUUAAUGAUAAGAUGACAAAUGUUGCUGAGCAAAUCAACAAAACAGUGAGAGAAUACAUGCCAGAACAUGGAUUUAAGGAAUGGGGGACUGACCAGCAGGCAAUGCUGACUGGUCAGAUUAAGCAAGUGUCCAGCCAUGACCACCCUGUGUACAAAUUAGUGGCCAAGAGGUUAAAGGAGUUCAUCAAACAAAUAAUUUCCAAGAAGCACACUCAGCCUUUACAGAUGCCUGUGGGGUUCUCCGUCGUAGAAGAAGAAUUAGGCCAGGUUUGUGGUCAGUUCUUACGUCUUAUCUCCUAUAAUCGAUCAGUGUUUUUUGAGUAUUACUCGGAUAUUAUAAAUACGCUGCUACAAUGGCGGACAGAAGAUUUGUCCCCAAGGGGGUGAAUUGUCAAUGACAAUGAGAUGACAAAAACACUGUCUCAUUUGAAUUGAUAUCUGAUGAUGAGCAGUACAAUGUUCAGUAUUAUAGGACUUCAGAUUUGUGAAUGGGGAGGCAGAGAAACUAUAUCCAGGCUGGGGAUGAAGUAGCGGACUGUAAACUUUUUAUUCUCUGAGACAGAAAAUAUCUUCAAAAUGUGGAAGUGGACUGAGUUUCUGACAUCUGGAAAAGAUACUUAGGAAUAAUAAAACAACUUGUCAAAUUUGUUCACAGAGCCAACAGUACCGAGAAUUAUGAAAAUAUAUUGCAUAUUUGUGUUUUGGAGAGAAGCUGAAAAUCAAACAGAGAAUAAAGAUUAAGAAUAAAUACUUGGCAACAAUUAUAAGGCAUUAGGUAUGCGAGGAAUGAAUGUUUGGCUGCAAUGGCUUUUGUACAUACAGUGAAUAAAUGAUUUAAUAUAUGAUAAUUUAUGAUCAUGCCAAAAAAACAGUAUGGUACUAUGUAUGAGAAAUUGUAGUUGAUCAAUGGCCAAAUUUCUUCUUUGAUUAUAAAAUAACUGUUAUGGUUUACUGUGUCAAUGACUUUAUGGUCAAUACCUGGAGUUCUGUUUGUUGCUGGUUUGUCCCCAUUUUAAAAGUAUCAUUUAGGAUUUAAAUCAGGACAGCCCUGUAGAUAUAAAUAAAUGCCUCAAAAAGCUUUGUCAAAUCUUCUCGGAAAGUGAAAAAAAUUAUCAGUAUGUCCACCUGUUAUUUCAUAUACAUCCAACCCUGAUCCAACUAGGCAAACUGAGUCCUGUAUCCCAGUGGUAGCUACUGUACACAAAUCUGCAUUACUUGUUCACAUAUUGAUAUCAAUGUUUACCUAUACCUACAGUUCAUUCCAGUAACCAUAUAGAUAAUAGGAAGUGAUAUUUAAUGCAGCUAAUGACAUCACUAUCAGAUAUAGUUCAGUCACCAAUGGUUGCAAGUGAUAAUGCCUAUAUACUUUGGUAUCUAAGAUUGAUAUGGUGUUGUGUUUUGUGUUAUGAUACAUGUAUUAUGUCAUUGAAAUAUGUCUUUAGCCUUGCUGAGUGAGCUUUUAGUCAAGGAAUAGUGACAAUAACUUUUUUUUCUUUUAGUCAUUUAAUACUGUAGUUCAAACCAAUGUUGCCUUUCUAUGUAUCAUAAAAUGUAUGUGCAUUACUACAUAAUGACUUUGAAAAUUCAAGGGUUACAUUCCAGGUCCUGGUUAUCUCAUCUUACAGAGAUUGUAAAUGAUUGCAACCCUUGGAGUUUCAAGGAUUUUUUACAUGAUGUCCCUAUUGACAUUGAUUUAUACUUCAAAUUAUCUCCCUUAUCUUUGAAUUGGUUUGCAUUUAAUUUAAAUUGCAGAAAAUAUUUUUGGGAGUCAUAUCAUUUAUUGUGUGAUAUUAUUUUCUAAUUUGAAUGAAACAAUACUCUUUAUUAUAUAGAGUGAUAAAUAUUUUAGUGGAUAGUUUUAAAAA